AUGUCUAAAAUACAGCAUUUAGUUAUGUCUUUGUUGCUGGUAAUUAAAGUUAUCAUCCGCUGCACCUUAAUCACUGCACAACAUAUCUAUGUGUUAGCUUACUUCUGCUAUCUACUACUACUAAUGCCAUUGAGGUGGUCUCACCCUAAGCUGUAUUGGACGAUUGAAGGGAAACUCUUCAAAUGGCUUCUAACUAACGUGGCAGCUUGGGGAUGGUCAGCAAAUUAUACAGUAUUUGAGACUGGUAUGGACAUUAGUGCCAUCCAAGAUGAUGAGGCAGUGAUUAUGGUGAAUCAUCAAUCAACUGGUGAUGUUCUAACAUUGAUGACAUGUCUACAACACAAAGGAAAAGUUUUAUCACAAGUUAUGUGGUUAAUGGAUAAACUAUUUCUAUGUGCACCUUUUGGAACAGUUUCCUAUAUCCAUGGGGACUUCUUUAUACAACAGGGUAAACAAUAUAGAGAUCAGCAAGUGAAAUUACUCAGGAACCAUUUAAUGAGUACAUAUUGGACAAGGUAUAGAAAAUGGCUUAUCCUCUUUCCAGAAGGGGGAUUUCUAAGAAAAAGAAGAGCAGGCAACCAAAAGUAUGCAAAGAAAAACAAAUUGCCAGUAUUUGAGCAUGUAACCCUCCCACGCCUUGGUGCUAUGAAAACUAUAAUGGAUACACUCAGGCAUUAUCCCGAUAUGGCAAAGAAGAAUGGAUUCCGAGAUAACAUCACUAAACGUCAGGUCAAAUGGAUAAUUGAUAUGACCAUCGGCUACCCAGGCUAUCCAGAUAUCAAGCCGAUGAAUGUUCAAACAUGGGUGUGUGGUUGGAGAGAACCCUGUCAAACAGUUGUACAUUAUCGAUAUUAUCCAAUAAAUGAUGUACCAGUGGAUGAAGAUGGCUUAAUGCGAUGGUUGUACCAAAGGUUUGAGGAGAAGGAAGAAUUACUGUUACAUUUCUACAAAACUGGGAAAUUCCCCACACAAAAUAUGAACUGCAAUACCAUCAAACCACAGCAGAUCAAAUUACCAUUCUGGUGGCUUCUAAAGAUCAAUAUCUUUUAUGCAUGCUCAGUUUAUCUUUGGAUUCAGGUUAUAAAGUCAGGCCUGUCAUAUUUGUGUUUUUACUUACCUGUAUAGUCAUAAUAUAAAAAUCUAGAAAUGACAUGAUAUCAGCAAAAAACUUUGAUGUGUCAAUAUCAGAAUCAUGGAAAUUGUGUUAAUAUCUAAGUGCCACAGCUGCUGUGUAGAUUUCUGCC